UCAAAAUGGAGGACAAACAGAGUUUCCCCAUGUGAAAAUGUCUUUGUAGCUAAAUUGUUCUCGCGACUUUAGGUGGCAGUCACAAUAAUAAGCAAAAAUGGCAAGUGUUGCUCACAAAUUCCAGGAAAAGGCUAGAACUGGUGAUGUUAUAUUGUCAGAAGCAGUAACAUUUGAUGGUUUAUUAUUGUCUAAACAAGUGCUGAAUGGAUUGAAAAAUUCUGGUUUUGAACGUCCCUCACCAAUCCAGUUGAAAGCAAUUCCUCUUGGAAGAUGUGGCCUAGACCUGAUUGUUCAAGCCAAAUCAGGGACUGGGAAGACGUGUGUGUUCUCGGUUAUAGCCCUGGAGAGUGUCAGGGUUGAUACAUCAUCUACACAGGUACUGGUGCUAGCCCCAACUCGAGAGAUAGCCGUUCAGAUUUGGGAGGUUAUCAACAGCAUUGGGAGUGCAACUUCAGGUCUGUUGUGCCAUACAUUCAUCGGUGGGCUGCCUCUGCAAGAAGACAGGAUCAAGCUGAAGAAAUGCCACAUAGCUGUGGGUACACCUGGUCGUGUAAAGCAGUUGAUUGAAGGGGGAGUACUACGGACAGACAGUAUUCGUCUGUUUGUUCUUGAUGAGGCUGACAAACUGCUGGAAGAGAGCUUCCAGGAACAAAUCAAUUGGAUCUAUUCCACCCUACCAGAGAACAAGCAGAUGCUAGCCCUGUCUGCCACCUAUCCGGAAUAUCUGGCCAAUCAUCUGACAGCAUACAUGAGAAACCCCACAUUUCUUCGGCUGAACAUCACUGACCCUGCCUUACUCGGAAUACGCCAGUUCUAUACCACCGUGCCCUACCACCCCGUGCCUCAUGCCGUGUUUGAGGAGAAAACCAAAGUUCUCAUCCAUCUUCUGUCAUCAGUGAGCUUCCAACAGUGUUUAGUCUUCUCUAACCUUCAGACCAGGGCGCAGACGUUAGCUGAUGUGUUAAACAGUAAGGGUUGGCCCACAGCGUGUAUAGCUGGCUGCUUGGAUCAGAAGGACCGGAACGAGGCAAUGGCCAGACUCAAGACAUACAAGUGUAGGAUCCUCAUCUCAACUGAUCUUACAUCUCGGGGUAUAGACGCAGACAAAGUGAACAUGGUGAUCAACCUAGACGUCCCUAAGGACCAUGAGACCUACCUUCACAGGAUUGGACGAGCGGGGCGAUUUGGUUCGUUUGGUAUUGCUGUCAGCCUUAUCAGUGACGGCCAGGAAAAACUGAACUUGGACUCCAUACAGAAACGCUGUAACACCCAGAUUAACACCUUACCAGAUCCCUUGCCAAGUGAUCUUGCUCACCCUGAUGGCCCUGUGUAUCUGGAUGACGUUGUCUCUGCUGAAAUCAUCAACACUGACCUUACAAAUUACAAGAUUCAGACCUCUUCUGGGAAAUUUAAUGUUACUGAUACAACACAUAGCAUGAAAUCGGCCAGCCCUAGGAAGCUAAAUGUUACUGAACUUAGCAUGGUUCUAGCUAGCCCUGAGAAACAUGUGAGUGGUAGACCUGAUAAGCAAAGCCAAAAUGGAAAUGAGGGGGAAACUGAAGAAGAAUUGGAUGGUGAUGAUGAUGAUGAUGAUGAUGAUGAUGAUGAUGAUGAUAAAAAUGAUGUGAAUGAGUUUGAAAAAGAUGGAACUUAUGAAAAUGGUUUUAUUACAACUAAUGGAGACAUAUGUGAACCUUAUGUUGAAGAUGAAAAUGACGAGAUUUUAAAUGCUGAAACUGACAUUAAGUUACAUUUUGAGAUUGCGGGUGAUAGAUCAGAUAAAAGCUCAACUUUAAGACAUAAAGAAGAUGCAGGAAAGAAUGAAACUAAUGAUACAAAGGGAAUGGCAAAUGACCCAGAAAGAGAAUUGAUCUCUGACAUCAAAGAAACUGAAUGUCUUAUAGAAACGCCAGUGCUAAGUGGUGUUAAUAGACAAAAAAAUGAUGGGGCUAGUAGUUCUACUGGAACAAAAGAACAAACAGUCUCUGUUGAAAACAAAACAGUCUCCUUUCAGAACCAUUCAUUAACAUCUGUGGUUAGAGAGAGACUGAACAACACAUGUUCUUCUAUGGAAAAGGUUAGAUUGACAGAUAUAUAUAAGUCAAAUAUAGGUUUUAAAUCACUUAGAAAGUCGCAUACUUAUUCAUCUGCAAUAGAAUCUUUGUUAGCAUUUAGAAAUGACGUGUCUGGAGUGAGUUCAGCUGUUGCAAAAGCGGAUUCCUGUAUCAUUCCGAGAUGUAAAGAAACCCACCCAGAGUUGGCAAAGCUGAAAGAAAACAUUACUGAAAUACAAGAUACAUUAAAUGAUGGAUUUUCAGGUAGCAGGUCAGAAACUGUGAGACUCCUUGCUAAGAACAAUGAUAUAAAAGAGGGUGAAGACUCAGGCGCUACUCACUUUGAUGGACCCAACCAAAUGAAGGUUGCAGUGGAGGAGCAAAUAGAGAUAACAAAGAACAGUUGUCAAAAAUCUAGGAUAGGCAUUGAAGAGAAUGAUUCGAACCAAACCCAGAAUGAGAGACAUGUUGAAAAAACACAGCAAAGUUUGGAAAAAGCUAGUAAAGAAAAUGUGAUGAUAUAUAAUAUUGUUAGCACUGGUAAAUUUCGGGAAUUGACAGUAGAAGAAUGUUACAAGAAAAAAGUACAUUUGCUAGAAACCAAACAAGAAAUAGGUCCUGAAAUAUCUUCAACAAAGAAUUUUAUGUCAAAGGAAAACAGACUGCGUUCUAAUGGAAUGCAGAAAAAAGAACAGAAGCCAAGGAGACAAAAGCAAGGCUACCAUAACAAAUUUGCCAUCGGUUAUCUGCUUCAACAGCAAACAAUGGAAGAGAAGGACGAUGUUGAAGAUGAAGUAAGUGCUGAUGAGACACUUAAAGAUUCUGAAGAAAAUAUAGAAGGUGGUUCUAAAGGCUCAGGUAGUACAGGGUCAGCAGCAAAUUUAAUAGAUAAGCAUACUAGAAUAGUUGAAGAUAUAACACCAGAUUUAUCACCUGAGAAAGAAAUUUGUCCAUUAAAAAGAAAUGAAUUUGCAGAAACUCUGUCAAGCUUUAAACAAAGUCUGGAUGAAGUUAAAGGUAUCCAAGACUUGAAGAGUACUGAGCUAGUUGCUGAAACAAAGGGUUGCUUUCACCAAAAAGAUGAUGAUUUGUUAACUAGCUCUAAAGAGCCUAAUGACGAAACAAAUGAUGUUUUCAAGCUCAACGAUGAUGAUUUAUGUACUAGCUCUGAUGAUUCAAGUGAUGAUUCAAGUGACGAUUCAAUGUCUUCAAGUGAUGAAUCUGAUUCUGAAAGGGAAUACAGAAAUGAAAUCAAAUCAUUAAUGUCCAAGAGACAAAACAGCACCUCAAGAAAGUCUCAAUCAUACACGGACAACAGCCAGCAUGAUGACAAGUGUUAUUCAAAAGUAUCUGUUAAUGGUAAGUCAUUUGUACUAACAAAAGAAAACAAGAAAACUCAGCCUAAGGAAAGUCAAAUUGGAAACCAUCUCACAAAUGGUGGUAAUUAUUUAUGCAGGGCAAAAAGAGAAACAACAAGGGAUUCUUAUCAGGAGAAAAUGGAAACUUGGUAUACGCAAUUUCAAGAGUGGCAAAAGUUGUAUCAAACACCUGACCCGAACAUCACAGCCAGAAGUCAUUCUCAUUUUGAUUACAGACAAAAUCCAUACUAUUAUCAACAUCAUCACCAUCAAUUCUAUAAUCCCCAGAUGCAGUUUUAUAGCCCAUAUCAGAGUGGUCGUGGUGGAGGUGCAUUUCACCAUCAGUCAGAUAACUGGAAAGGUGCAAGUUUCAAUGAUCAGAAUCAGUAUAUAAAGCAAAUGUGUAGACAACCCAAGCCUGUGGUCAAGAAAAAGAAAGAAAUGUGAAAAUAUUAUUAAGAAGAUUUCUAUGAGAAUACUGAUAUGCACAUGUAAUUUGAAGAGAAACAAGAAUGGACAUUUUACAAAGUGGGUUCUUAUUGGGGUAUUUGUCCCAGAAAUGUUUUGAUUUUUUGCUAAACAUCUUCGUUACAUUUAAAUGAAAACUGUUGCUGCUAUUCAUAGAUAACAUCAUUAUAUUUUAGCAAUUUUAUGGGUGGCAGGAAUAUCAAAUAGCAAUGAAUGGGAUGCAACGUUAAUUUAAUGUAAAUGAAUUCCAUUAACCCUAAAAAAUGUCUGAUAUCAUAUACCUAAAUUUUGCUUUUGUCAUGCAAUGUUUUAUAUUUUAUGAUAUCAAUAAAAUGAGGUUGAAAUCGAA